AUGGCAUUGCUUCUGUAUAGUUUUCCUUGGUUGUGUGGAGCGUAUGUGCUGGUUGGUCGAAACAAAAAGAUCCCUCGUCCACAUUUGUACCUCACAGUUAAAAGAGGAGUGAAGAGAUCGUUUGUACGACGUGAACUUGAGGAGAAAUUCAAGUGUGACGACGCUAAGGAACACUUUGAACUCCUUCGAGAACCUGAAAGAAAACCAAAAAUUAAAUAUUUGGGUCUCCUUUUAAGUAAAUUGAGAUGUAAAUCAUCUUCUGUCUCACCGACACCUGGUGGUGGUGUAUUAGCUUGCAGUAACCCCAGUUAUACCAAUCAAAACCCUUUACGAGUGCCUGAAGAAAACGAGAAAGUUGAUGUACCUCAAGUCCAGGGAACUGGGACUUUAACCUUGUUUUGCGCCCUCAAUGGACAACAUUAUGCACUCACCUGCUUUCAU